CGCGCGGCCCUCCCGGGGUGACCAAUGAAAACGGCGCGCGAGGGCACGUGACGGCCGGCCGAACGGCCCGCAGUCCGGCGGGCCUUGGCCCUUGGGGGUCUCUGCAAGCUCGCUGGCUCGCCGGCGCGCCAUGAAGCUGCCGCGGCGUGCGUGGCGGUACCGGACGACGCUGGGCCUGGUCGGCCUGGUGCUUUGCGGCGCCGCGCUCCUCUAUCUGGCGCGCUGCACGGCCGAGGGUCCUGGUCUGUCGCCCGGCCGCGGCCCCGGCCCUCUGCCCGCCGGGCCCGGACGCUCCAGUGCCUUCCUGGCUGUGUUGGUGGCCAGCGCGCCGCGGGCGGCCGAGCGACGCAGCGUGGUCCGCGGCACGUGGCUGGCGGCGGCGCGGCGCGGCGGCCCAGGCGACGUGUGGGCGCGCUUUGCAGUGGGCACGGCCGGCCUGGGCUCCGAGGAGCGGCGCUCCCUGGAGCAGGAGCAGGCGCGGCACGGGGACUUGCUGCUGCUGCCCACGUUGCGCGAUGCCUAUGAGAACCUCACCGCCAAGGUGUUGGCCAUGCUGUGCUGGCUCGAUGAGCACGUAAGCUUCGAGUUCGUGCUCAAGGCAGACGACGACUCAUUUGUGCGGCUGGACGCACUGCUGGCUGAUCUGCGUGCCCGCGACCCAGUGGGCCGCCGCCGCCUCUACUGGGGCUUCUUCUCAGGCCGCGGCCGCGUCAAGCCAGGGGGUCGCUGGCGUGAGGCGUCCUGGCAGCUCUGCGACUACUACCUGCCCUACGCGCUGGGCGGUGGCUACGUGCUCUCUGCCGACCUGGUGCACUACCUGCGCCUCAGCCGAGAGUACCUGCGCUUGUGGCACAGCGAGGACGUGUCGAUGGGCGCCUGGCUGGCUCCUGUAGAUGUGCAGCGUGAGCACGACCCGCGCUUCGACACAGAGUACAAGUCCCGCGGGUGCAGCAACCAGUACCUGGUGACGCAUAAGCAGAGCCUGGAGGACAUGCUGGAGAAGCACCAGACGCUGAUGCGAGAGGGCCACCUGUGCAAGCAGGAGGUGCAGCAGCGCCUCUCCUACGUCUAUGACUGGUCUGCGCCGCCCUCGCAGUGCUGCCAGAGGAAGGAGGGCGUUCCCUGAGCGCUGCCGCUGCCAUGAUGGAGGGGCGGCAGCAGUGGGUCCUUUUUGGAGCCCCCAUUGGUCUUACACCGGGAAAGGUGACAUGUCUGGCUGGAUGAGCCCAGCGCUCGAGGAGAACCUAGUCUCUGGUGACCAGUGGGGCUUUCAGGCAAAUGCCACACAGCAGCGGACAACUCGUAGGCCCCUCACCGCUCAGUAGCCACACCUCCAGUCUUGCUCCAAAGCAUCUUGCUCUGAGGCUGGGAGACCCUGGGGCUUGCUAGGGCAACGAAUGCAUCACGUCCAGGUGGAAGUGUUCUGCCCCCAGAUUUCAGCCAGCAUUUGCCUGGACUGGGGAGAUGCCCAGCUUCGGGUGUGAGUCCAGGAGAACCUUCCCAGUCUGCAGAAACUUCUGGCCCUCCCCCCACGACUCUGCCACACCCGCCCCCGCUUGUCUUCCUGCUGUCCCAACCCGAGGUUGGAACAAGGAGCUGAAGGCUGGAGCUGCCCUGGAGCACAGAUCUGACUUGUUCUGGGUGGGGACCGUGGCCCGUCCCGCAGCCACUGUGCUGACCGUCCGCCUGGGAGCCCCCUGCACGGAGAGCUGUGACCGCCGAAAGCGCCCUGCGGGCCCUGAGCAGCAGAGCCUCGUCGUUGCAGUCCAGCGGCGUUUACGGGAACUGCCGCCGUCUCGUUGGGUCGGGCCACGUCCUUUGUGUCUCCUGUUGGUGUCGGUCUUGCGUCAGUCCAGAUCAACCUUCGUUUGAUGUUGAGUAGCUUCGGUCUCCACAUCUCUAGAGUGAAUUCGUGGUACAUGCCAUACAGCGCUUGCCUGUGAUUUAUGUAUAAACAUUGUAAAGUUGUGUUGAUAAGGGUUUCAGUCGGGAGUGUGUGGGUCUCAGUGUUUUUUAAAUUAUUUGAGAAGACUUUUCUAUCAGAACUUGGAACUUGUGGAUUAAUCUGUUUUUACAGUGUGAACUGUAGACCAUUGCCGCAUGUGUGUUUAAGCAUGGAAGAAUUUUUAAACUGUC